ACGUUAUUACUUAUUACCCACCAUCUCACAUCCCAAUUUCCACAGUAAAACAAAGCAACAUCACUGUCCACACUCCAACACCCAAAUAAAACCGAUUUUUGGCGAAAUCUCCUCCGCCAACAAUCCCAAAUCUCUCUCCCCUUUGUUCAAACAUUCAAUUUCAAAUUCAACUUAUUAAAACCCCUCUCUCUACCCAAUUCAAAUCUCACCCAGGGUUCCACCCUUCCCAAACACAAUGAAAGCCUCACUCAAAUUCCGUGACGAACAAAAGAAACCACUAUUAAGAGCUAAAGUCCCACUAAGCAUUUUAGGCACACCAUUCCAAUCAGGAAUCGUAGCUGGUGACUCCAAAGAAUUAACACUCAAUCUCUCCACUUUCUUCGAAUCAGGUCCAUCCCUUAAACUCUCUUACAAACCCAACGACUCUCAAAACCCUUUCUCGUUAAUCGUUAAAACUGGAACUGGACCCUACGGUUCCCCUCUCUCAAGUUCCAUGCUCAUGAGUUGCGAAUUCAAUUUACUUAACAAAGCUACUAGUGCUGCUGGUGGACCCCACCCUCUUUUUAUGCUUCACUUUAAGCCGAGGUUCGGUGAUUUUAGUUUUAAGAAAACGCAGUCUUCGGUUUUUGAUGUUAAGAAGGGUUUUCAAAACGGUGCCGUUUUAGGGUUUGGUUCUGGUAGUGAUGAUGAUGCUGGUGUUGAGGUUGUUGAAUCGCCGGUCAUCGGGGCGUUUUCGUGCGGUAAGGUUCCGAUUUUAGGGAAUGGAUCGGAUGCUAGAGGUGCGAUUGGGAAUUUGUUUUCUGGUAUGGAGGUUGCGGCGAGGACGACGGUGCCGAUUAAGGGACGUGCGGCGGUGAAUUUUCGGUGGGGAGUUAGGGUUCCGGCGGGGAUUAAAGGGGAGAGUGCGUUUCAGAAGGUUCCGUUUCUUGUGAUGGAUAAGAUUGGGGUGGAGCAUUUGCCGGAGUGCGGAGAUUUGAAGAAAGGGAAGGUUGUGGCUGGAUUAGGUGUUCCGGCCAGUGGUGAGGUUGCGGAGACUUGUUUUGCAGUGAAGAGGCAGAUGGAGGUUUUGCAGAUGGGUAAAGGGAAAAGCUUUGAUGGAAGAAAGAAUGAGAAGAAAUUGGGGUCGGAUUUUAGUGGUUAUCCUGGAAAAUCGAUUGAGGCUGAUGCGAUCGAUGAAUCAAAGAAGUCGUUUAGGGGAUCCACCACAGUUGGAGUUUGA